AUGUUUCAUCAGUUCUUUCCAAUUCCUUCGUGUAUUUUUCCUUCGUCGAUUCUUAUUCCUUAUUUCUUUUUCAUGAAUAAUGUUUAUUACGUUCUCGCACGUCUCUUUCAUUAUUAUACAUUCUUCAUCGUUUUUCCAUCAGUGAUUUUUCAUGUUUUCUUCAUCAAAGAUUCUAUUCUGCUUGAUCUUUCUUCAUUAAUUUCUUUUUUUUCUUCUUCUUUUCUUCUUCUUCUUCUUUUUUUCUUCUACUACUACUACUACUACUACUUUUUUCUUUUUUCUUCUUCUUCUUCUUUUCUUCUUCUACUACUACUACUACUACUUUUUUCUUUUUUCUUCUUCUUUUUCUUCUUUUCUUCUUCUUCUUCUUUUCUUCUUCUUUUUUCUUCUUCUUCUACCACUACUUUUUUCUUUUUUCAUCUUCUUUUCUUCUUCUUUUCUUCUUCUUCUUCGUCUUUUACUACUACUACUACUUUUUCUUUUUCUUCUUCUUUUCUUCUUCUUCUUUUCUUCUUCUUCUUUUCUUCUUCUUCUUUUCUUCUUUUCUUCUUCUUCUACCACUACUUUUUCUUUUUUCAUCUUCUUUUCUUCUUCUUUUCUUCUUCUUCCUCUACUACUCCUUACUUUUUCUUUUUUCUUCUUCUUUUCUUCUUCUUUUUCUUCUUUUCUUCUUCUUUUCUUCUUCUUCGUCUUCUUCUACUACUACUACUUUUUCUUUUUUCUUCUUCUUUUCUUCUUCUUUUUCUUCUUUUCUUCUUCUUUUCUUCUUCUUCUUCUUCGUCUUCUUCUACUACUACUACUUUUUCUUUUUUCUUCUUCUUUUCUUCUUCUUCUUUUCCUCUUCUUCCUCUACUACUCCUUCUUUUUCUUUUUUCUUCUUCUUUUCUUCUUCUUUUUCUUCUUUUCUUUUUCUUCUUCUUCUCUUCUUCUUUUCUUCGUCUUCUUCUCUUCUUCUUUUCUUCUUCUUCUUCUACUACUAUUACUACUUUUUUUUCUUUUUUUUUUUCUUCUUCUUCUUACUUUCUUCUCGCACAUCGCCAUUAUUUAUUUACUCUUUUUCCUUUACUUCUUUUUUUCCCCUUUUUUAUAUACAUUUUUACUGUUCCUUUCAUUGCUUCUUCCUUUUUCUUUUCCCCCAUUUCCUAUUUUUCCCUUUUAUACUCUUCUUCUUCUUCUUCUCCUUCUUCUUCUUCUUCUUCUUCUUCUUCUUCUUCUUCUUCUUUAAGCCCUUCGCUCUUGAUGUCUUUAUUGUUUUAUUCAUUUAUUCCUUCUUGCUUUACCUUUUCUUUCUUAUUUUCCAACCUUCUUCUCUCGACCCUAAUCCCACAUAAUCUUAACCCUAUUCUUCCGCCCUCCCUUGAUGUGAUUAUCUAUCUAUCUAUCUAUCUAUCUAUCUAUCUAUCUAUCUAUCUCAAUUCGUUCAUAUCUCAUAUUUUAUCAAACACGCUUCGGUACAAUUUAAUUUUGCCUAUUCCAUUCUAUCUAUCUAUCUAUCUAUCUAUCUAUCUAUCUAUCUAUCUAUCUCUGCGUGUUCAUUAUCCAUCUGUCUAUCUAUUUUUCGAAGACUUUUCACAGGCCGUUCACAUCUAUCUAUCUAUCUAUCUAUCUAUCUAUCUAUCUAUCCAGUUGGUUGGAAUAAAUUAA